CCGAGAGAACGGGAUUGAGCGCUGCCAUUGGUGGGAUGCAGCGGCCAGUCAUCAUCCGAUCCUGCCCAGGAUCAGCUUUCUCCCAGUGAUUGAUUCCUCUGUCUCUGCAUGAACCAGUAAAAAGGGUAAAGCCUGAUGAAGCCCGAGAAGAGCAUGGCACGUGUAACAAAGAGGCGACAAGGAGAUACAAAAGUCAUUCAGGACUUAUGGACGGCUAUAGAAGUGAUUCGAAACCAGAAGCAGAUUGCCAAUAUUGAUAGGAUUACCAAGUACAUGACCCGGGUCCAUGGUAUGCAUCCCAAGGAGAUAACAAGGCAGCUUAGUCUCGCGGUUAAGGAUGGACUGAUAGUGGAGACACUAACAGUGGGGUGCAAGGGGUCAAAAGCUGGAAUUGAACAGGAGGGUUACUGGCUACCAGGGGAUGAAAUCAUGAAACAUCACCAAAUUCACGGAAGAGAGGGAAAGUCAGUGAAUUCACCUGAGGACUGGGAGCCUGAAACUCAUGACUGGUACUGUUUUGAAUGUCAUUUACCUGGAGAGGUGAUGAUAUGUGACCAAUGUUUUCGUGUAUACCACCCUAAGUGUUUACCUGAUGAUAUGAAACUCAGGGAUAGCAGUAAUCACUGGCAGUGUCCGGUGUGCAAGAGCAUUAAGAAAAAGCACUUAAACAAACAGGAGAUGGGGAAAUACCUGCGAUUCAUUGUGUCUCGUAUGAAGGAGAGGGCAAUUGAACUCAACAAGAAGGGGAAGGAUACAAAACACCCCAUGUACAGAAGACUGGUUCAUACAGCCAUUGAUGUUUCCACUAUUAAUGAGAAAGUGAGCGAAGGAAAGUACAAGAGUUAUGAGGAGUUCAAGGCAGACGCUCAGCUUCUUCUGCACAACACCAUUAUCUUUUAUGGAGAUGACAGUGAGCAGACUGAUGUUGCCAAGGUUCUGUACAAGGACACAUGCCAUGAGCUGGAUGAGCUGCAGCUCUGCAAAAACUGCUUCUAUCUGUCAAACGCACGGCCUGACAACUGGUUCUGCUAUCCUUGUAUCCCAAACCAUGAGCUGGUUUGGGCCAAGAUGAAAGGUUUUGGCUUCUGGCCUGCCAAAGUCAUGCAAAAAGACGACAAUCAAGUAGAUGUUCGAUUCUUUGGCCAUCAUCAUCAGAGGGCCUGGAUCCCUUCAGAGAACAUACAAGAAAUAACAGUCAAUGUUCAUCAGCUACAUGUAAAGCGGAGCAUGGGCUGGAAAAAAGCCUGUGAUGAGAUGGAACUACAUCAGCGCUUCCUACGUGAAGGACGAUUUUGGAAAUCCAAAGGAGAAGACAAAGGGGAAGAAGAAGCAGAGUCUAGUAUCUCAUCCACAAGUAAUGAACAGCAGAAAGCAGCAACUCAGGAACCGCGGGCCAAGAAAGGACGACGCAAUCAAAACGUGGAUGCCAAGAAGGAAGAGCCAGAGCCAGAACCUGAGACAGAAGCCGUAAGCUCGAGCCAGGAAAUCCCCUCCAUGCCCCCACCAGCUGAGAAGGUGUCUGUGUAUACACAAACCAAGAAGCAAAGUGCCUCGUCCCCACGAAUGUCACACCGCAGCACACAGACCAAUAACGAUGGUGGAUGUCAGAACAUGUGUCAUGACAAGUACGGCAAGAUCUUCAAUGAGUUCAAGGAAAGAAUGAGCACAGACAACAAGAGGGAGACUGAAAAGGCUGUGCGAGAUGCCCUAGAAGAGCUACGAACAGAGAUGGAAGAGGAGAAGAGACAAGCUGUUACUAAAGCUGUGGCCAACAUUCAGGCAGAAAUGGACAGAAAGUGCAAGCAGGUAAAAGAGAAAUGCAAAGAGGAAUUCCUGGAAGAAGUCAAGAAAAUGGCAGCGCAACAUAAACAGCUGAUCUCUCAGACCAAGAAGAAGCAGUGGUGCUACAACUGUGAGGAGGAAGCCAUGUACCACUGCUGCUGGAACACCUCUUAUUGCUCCAUUAAAUGCCAGCAGGAGCAUUGGCACGCUGAACACAAGAGGACCUGCCGCAGGAAAAGAUGAAUCCUCCCCCUGCAUUAUAUUUCUGAUAUUUUUCCUCAAACUCUGCAUUUUAUCAUUUCCAAGACACCGUACUUGCUUACUACCUGCGUACCAUUUCCGAACCAGCUCCUAGUGUGCUCAGUGCUGGACAGUAUGCUGACUGCACAGCUCCAGUACUGAAGUGCUGAGACACUAGGUUGCAACAUGUUUUGCACAUUCAGUCUUGUGCUUGACCUUUCCUUCCAACCUGUUUGCUGCCAGAUGAUCCUGUAAUGCUGUGCUGAUCUGUGCAAGGAGCUCUUCUGGGAGCACUCAUGGUUGGCCCACUUUCCUUCCUAUGAGACUAAGGUUACGCUGAUUUGAGAAUCGGUUCCAUGUUCGUUUUGAAACUAUUGCUGAGACACACAGUAGUUUUGCUAGACAAUUUUUACAUCUGCAGGUUGAAGGCAUUUUAUGUUGUUUUUUUUUUAAAGUUUUAAAUAUUUUAAAUCAUUGUUAAAGUGGUAAAUCUGCCAUCUGGUUUUAAUCCUUCCUGAUCUAGUCAGCGAAGAAGGCACAGUUUUGUGUUUCUGUGCCUCAGAAAGUGAGAUGGGCACCAUUUUGUUUUCUUGUGCCUAACAGAGCAGUAGUGGACCAGGAUUCUCUCUGGAGACAGGAACAGAAUACAGUUGAGGUCAGAAGAGGUGAAAUGUAUUGGUCAUGGAUCUGUGAAUGUACGAAAUGUAAGAAGUAGGACAUUUACUACCUUAAGCAGAGCCUCACGCCUCCAAGCCUGCCGUUCAUUUCAUUUUAAAAGGCAUUAUCGUUUUUACUUAUUCUGUAUCUGGGGGGUUAACGUUAAAGUUUAGGGAACAGGGUUCACAAGGCAAGCGUAGUUCUUGCACAUUUUAUUUGUAAAAUAUAUCCCAUGUUUGUUCAUUACUUAUUUUCAAUAUAUAACUUUUAUAAAGAAAUGGAAAUAUAUUAUCCUUUUUUAAAUACAGGUAAUCCUAUCUUAGAACAUAGAAAUAAAUUACAAUUUGCACAGUUCAUAGAGACCUAUGGAGGCACACUUGGUAGACAAUUCAAGCCAGGAAUUACCUUGGAUGUUUCUUCGCAGGGUUGUUUUUUUUGUUUUGGAGAUCCCAGCUGUGUCGUGAGCAAUUCAUGAGUUUAUGUGAUUCAGCUGUUCACACUACUUCUAGGCAUUCAGUUCUAAUUUUGGAUAUUUGUCAGGGUACGCUUACAUCGAACUAGCCCGUUCUGAUUCACAGUCCAUAAAUUCAGUGGCCUCAUACUUCAGAAAGCAUGUGUAUUUAUUGUUCACUCAACUUGUUUAAGUACACAGUUUAUAUUGUUGCAAGUUAAGAACUUAACACAAUGCAGUAUCAGUGCACCACUGCCAGGUUAGCUAGAACAAUCGUACGCAGGGUAACUUACCACCUUUAAAAGUAUAUGGGUCCCAUAGUCAUUGUGGAGAUGGCAUUUUGU